AUGGCAGACGAGCCUAGGCCAGAGCACGAGGUCGGCCAAGGAAUAGGUUCCUCGGUUGGUAACGAUGCCACCAGCCCCACGGAAGCACCUGCUUCCUCUACGGAUCAACCAGAUCAACCAGAUGAGCAACCUCACGGCAUAUACGCCGGUGGCGCUGUUGAUGGAGAAGACAAUGAUGUUGGUGAUAACGAAGAUGAUGGAGACGCCGACUCUGCGCUCGAUGUACGCUCGAUAGGGACGGUCAGCGACUCUCUGACGUCGAGUAUCCUGAGGUUCCGUGUGGAAAAUGGUCGGACGUACCAUUCAUACAAAGACGGUUAUCUGCAGCACAACCUGUGCAUGAUGACCCUUGGCUGGAAACUGUACAUAUCCCCGAUCGACCAGAGGCCUGUCAAUCGAGUGCUUGACAUUGGCUGUGGCACCGGAGUCUGGUCCAUGGAGUUUGCCGACGACCAUCCAGAGGCCCAUGUCAUUGGCAUUGAUCUCAGUCCCAUACAACCCAGCUUCGUUCCACCAAAUGUUAGCUAUUACAUCGACGAUGUAGAGGCCGAGUGGACGUACAGCACACCUUUCGAUUUUAUAUUCACCCGAAUGAUGCUCGGUUCUAUCAAGAACUGGCCAGAAUUCUUUCGGCAGAGUUUUGAUAAUUUAACCUCGGGUGGCUAUUUCGAGAGCUUUGAGCCCGUUUUUCCAGUGCGCUGUGAUGACGACACUUAUCCACAAGAAUGCGCUCUUCGCAAAUGGUUCGAACUCUUAGACGAGGGCACGCAAAAGGUUAGAACCGAGCUCCCUACGUUAGAGGUACAAAAACAAAGGCUACUCGACGCCGGAUUCGUCAACAUUGUGACGAGGGAGUACAAGUGGCCUAUGAACACCUGGCCGAGCGACAAGAAGCAAAAGGAAUUCGGCUCGCUCGUCCUGGCGAACCUGGAAGAAGGGAUCCAGGGCAUGACCAUGGCUAUGUUCACGAGAGUCCUCGGCUGGACGAAGGAACAGGUCGAACUUUUCCUGGUUGAUGUGCGAAAGGACAUUCGCAACACCAGUAUGCAUGUUUACUAUCCGAUUGUCGUGAUUUCGGCACAAAAGCCUGAACAAUGA